AUGGACGACGCAACUGUAGCAACGACGAAGAGCGCUGCCUCUGCGAAAGGACUGCCGAAAUGUGUCUGCAGCUGGAAGAACUGUCGGACCUAUCAAAAAGCCUAUCGCAGCGUGGGUCAUCCUGUAUUGGAUGGGAUUGUCAAAGUAAAGUUCACCAAGGGUGACACAGCAUCCAUCCCUCUCAAGGCGAGUGUAGAUCGAACUCUCAAAGUGAGCAAGGACAAAAGACAGGAUUGGAAGCCUGCCAAAGGAGAGGAAAUAAUAAGGUACAACAUUGCCAGACAUCACUUCACCGAGGCACACAUUCUCAAGUACAUGAAGAAUCCUAAAAACUACAAAUGGACUUCGCUCUUCAGUGCAGCAGAGGCUAAGAAGUACCUCUUCAAGUUAGAUCCAAAAGAGACAAUGAGCUUGGGUGAUGCCGAAGUCUACUAUGUCCAAUGUCCCAAUGUAUCCAAAGAGUUCGUCAAGGAACAAUUUUUGAAAAUGAAAGCUGCCAUGGAGGAGAACCAGCAAAGAGAAGAAGAAAAGAAACGAGCAGCCCAGCAGCAAGGGGGUCUAGACUCCUAUCUGAACCAUGGCAGCAAGGACGGCACGCAACAUAGUGCACGGAGUUCUCUUCCAUCCAUUACUGAUGAUCCCACAAUUGCAUCGUCCAAGAGUGCACAACUACUCAAACUACAAGAAGAAGAGAAUGAAAGGUUACGGAAAGAACUCGAGUCAUGUCAAUCCCAACUGAGCUAUCUGAACGAGAUUGUAAGACAGCUCCAGGAAGAAGCCAAUGCCGAUAACAUGAGUGUAUAUUCUCGAAAGUCGUCAAAAGGCAGAGGAUCACGAAAGCAAGGAGGAUUUCCUGCUGCGAUUCUGCUAGACGACGACGAGUCCGAAUGGGACGGAGGAAACGACGACGACCAAGACUGGAGCGAAGGCAUCGACGAAGACGAUACCAUCAAUGACGACGAAUCCAGUGCGUUCCUCGGUCCCGCCAUGAUGAAGAAAAACCUUGCAAUGUCUGGCGGCGGCGGUGGUGGCGGAGGAGGAGGCGGUGGAACAGCCAGAAGAAACUCCCUCAGUUCUCGACAGUCUCGUGCCUCUCUUGUGUCGGCUUCUCAGACCGUCAAGAGUCUUCCCAGAGAGAUCGAGUUGGCCGAAGUGGAGGCCAACGGAAGCGGGAGCGAAGACUCUGGACUCAAGGACGACUUUGAUGAAAUGUCCUAUGUCAGCCGUGGGUCUCGAGUCUCAAGAAACACUCGAGAUCGUAUGGGAGGGGAUUCGCGCGAUGGGGAUGCACGCAGUGUCAAUUCAAGACAGUCCCGUCGCGGUGACAAGAACCGACGGCGGAGAACACAGAAAGGAUCCAACAAUUACAACAACAACAAGUCACAGUCGUCAUCAUCCGGGAUGGAUGCAGGAAGCGACGAUAAAAAGUCUGUUAGUUGGGAUGGUAAUGAUGUGGAAGUUUACGAAGUCAAGCAACAAGUCAUCGUUGACCCCUACGGCGAAAAAGGCACCUAUGCAGGAACCUUAUCGAAAGGAACCGGCAUGCCACACGGAAAAGGCAGACUGGAAUAUGCCGCCGGACGGUGGUAUGAAGGAGAGUGGAAGCACGGAAGAUGGACUGGCCAAGGUCGUCUUAGCAACGGUGACGGUGACCUUUACGAAGGUGAAUUAAGAAAUGACCACAAACAUGGAAAAGGUACCAUGAGAUUUGCCGAUGGUCGUGUCUUUGUCGGUGAAUACGUCAAUGGCCAGAUGACCGAGGGCAAAAUGAUCUACCAGGAUGGCUCAACAUAUGAAGGAGGGUGGGCCGAUGGAAUGCGCCACGGCCGUGGAAAGUGCGUUUUCACCGAUGAAUCCAUAUACGAAGGAGAGUUCCGGGAAGGUGAAUUCCAUGGCCAUGGGAAGAUGACAUGGAGCGAUGGUGGAUGGUACGAAGGAGAAUGGUGGAACGGAGAGAUGCACGGUCAAGGCAAAGAAAUCAGACCGAAUGGAACUAUGCGGCAUGAAGGUGCAUGGUCCAAAGGACAACCCAUGCGAAAACGAAAGUAG